UAUGCACUUGCUCAAUGCUCCCCAGAUUUAUCACAUAGGAACUGCUUUAAUUGUGUUGGGAAUUUUAUUAGUAACGUGCUUCCAAGUUGCUGUGCUAAUAGCAUAGGAGCACAGGUUCUUGGACCGAGCUGCAAGAUCAGAUAUGAGGAUUAUCUAUUUUACAACAUCCCAGCAUCGCCUCCUCCUCAAUCAGGGGAUAUUAACAAAUGGACAAGAAAUCGCGGUGAAAAGACUCUCAAAAGAUUCUGGACAAGGUGAUGGUGAAUUUAAAACCGAGGUUUUCUUGAUGACUAAACUUCAACACAAGAAUCUUGUUAGGUUCCUUGGCUUCUGCUUAGAAGAAGAAGAAAGACUUCUUAUUUAUGAGUUCGUUCGCAAUGCGAGCCUAGAUCAGUUCUUGUUCGAUGUCAGCAAGCGGUCAUAUUUAAAUUGGCAAAUCCGGCACCAGAUUAUAAUGGGCAUAGCUCGAGGACUGCUUUACCUUCAUGAAGAUUCGCAAGUACGAGUCAUCCACCGUGACCUUAAACCUAGCAACAUACUUCUAGAUGCUGAUAUGAAUCCCAAGAUUGCAGACUUUGGUAUGGCAAGGUUGUUCGGAGUUGACCAAACUAGUGAAGAUACCAGCAAAAUCGUCGGUACUUAUGGAUAUAUGGCACCAGAGUACGCAUUGCAUGGAAUCUUCUCUGUAGGAUCAGAUGUCUACAGCUUCGGUAUACUGGUUUUGGAAAUCAUAACAGGUCGGAAGAGUAAUGGAUUUCAUAAUGAGGGAUACAGAGAGGACCUAAUAAGCUUUGUAUGGAGAAAUUGGAGAGAAGACAUGGCUUUGAAUGUUAUUGAUCCAUCAUUAUCAACGGGAUCAAGAAUUGAGAUUAUAAGAUGCAUACACAUGAGCUUGUUAUGCGUUCAAGAAAGUAUCGAGGACCGACCAACCAUGUCUUCUGUGGUGUUAAUGCUCAGUAGUCACUCUCUCACUCUUCCUAAGCCUUCCUAUCCUCCAUUUGGUACUGAUGCAAGCAUGGACACUAACUCUGAUCAUCCCGAGUGGGACAGAAUCUGAUAAUGGCAGCUGCUCCUACAACAAAAGAAUUUUCACUUUGGUGUCCUGAGAUUUGAUGAAAUCUACUUCUUUUUGUGACAGGAACCUAGAGCUAGCAGCCUAGCACUUGCGUGGCGUAAAGCGUUUUCACUUCAUCCCUACAGCAAACUCCUGUAAACACCAUCUCUGUUUUACAACUUUAUUUGCUUCGAGUAGAUGGAGAAAGAAAUCAUACAUUUUCUCACAUUAAAUUUGUCUAUCAAUGAAAGAGUUAGUACUGCAACUACGUGCAGAGAAACUAAUACACCAAUCUGAACAUGGUGCAACACAACUUAGAAUAUCAGGAAAACAAGGCACGAACAAGUCAAUGCUUCAUGGACUUUAGCGAUCAGAACUUGCUGCACUGGCUUGCCUAUUAGCAGUAAGAUUGCAAACACAGUGCAAGACCUGGCAUUUGGGUGCAAGACCAGGCAUUAAGUGAGAGAAAUUUAUGUGUAGGUCUAGUGGGACUUUCACGAGAGCAUCAAGUUUUGGCUUAGCACUAAAAUCUAGAAAAAGUGGAAAUCUCACCAUCGCCGUCUUCAUUUCACCUUAAUGUCUGUAGACACAAAAUCUAUAAGUGUUUUACAAUUAAAAUGAAUUAAUUAUUAUUGAGCUAAAAUAAAUAUAAUUAGUCUAAUUUAAUUAUUUUAGUCCACCUAAAUAAAUUUCCAAAUUAAAUCAAACAAAUAUAAUUUGGGUUAUCAACUAUUUGGGCUAGUCAAUAUUAUAGUCCAAAUAGGAUCGUCGAAUGGCAAAGUAAGAAAAGACUUUGAAGUCAUAAACGAUCCAAAUCCAUAAACUACCAAGUCCAUGAAAGGUUCUCCAUUCCCUAUAAAUACACCUCACCUCCUUCUGAGGGGAUCGAAAAAUUAUUAUUCUCAAGAGCUCAUAAAUUUCUGUUGAAAUUCUCUCUGCAGAUAGUCAAUAAGCACAUCAAAUUUGUGCCAACUGUUCAGAUACACUCAAACAUAUUUGACUGAUCAGAUUCAAGCUUUUGUCAUACCUCAUUCGAAUACACUCAAACAAAACUCAAACUCAGGUUGACGUUGACAAAACAUUAUCCCCACACUCAAACUCAGGUUGACGUUGACAACACGUCAGUCUACACUCAGCUCCACAACGACACCAACACGUGUCACUCUCAAGCUACGGAACAGAAUCGGAGGACUUAGUUUAUUUUUCCAUUAUAAACUGUUUACGGAGAUUGUACUCAAUACAUUAUUGAAAUAUAAUUUCUUUAUUACUUUGUUUCU